AUGCGGGGAGCGCGCCUGGCUUCUUCCCUACGCGGAGCUUUGUUGAAGUGGCUGUGUUUGCAGCACGGUCCCCCCCCGGGUCCCCGGGGGUGCAGGCAUGGUGGUCCAUGGCAGUUUGCGUGGACACCCGGGUGUGGCGUGGCUUCUCCAACUUGGAACCCUCUUCCUAGGGGGAGUUUCUCCCUCCAGGCCCGUUUUCCCUCCGCCACUAUUACCUGUAGCUCCACUUAUUCCAUAUCGUGCAGAAGAGAAGGAAAGGCUGCUCCCCCUCUUUCUGAUGACUAAGGCGGUGACCGGUUACAUUCCCUCGUAGCAGGAUAAAUUCAGAAACUGAAUGCAAAAGGAAAGCCUGUUGAUCGCACGAGGCCUGUCAGAAUUUGGAUGGCCGGUCGGGUGGAAACGAGUGUGGUCAGCCGGUCUGUGCGGUGGUCGUGGUUCGCUGUGCGAUGACAGGAUUUCGUCCCCAUCCCAGGCUCUGGGGAGCUCUGCAGCUUCCAGAGCUGGCAGGGGCUGUGAGUGCUGCAGAGAUAGGCCCUUGUUCAGAGACCGGAGGAGACCCGGGAAAAUGAGAAGACCUCGCCCGCUCCCAUCCUGGAAGUCACUACCGCCGAGAUGUCAGAAACUGGCGAGAGCGGGAUGCGCGUCUUCCUCUACCUGCACGCACGGACUGGCAAUUUGAGUUCCUGCAAGGAGUGCUAGCAAAAGAGGGAAACAAGAACGACCUCGGACAAAGCUCGCCCUGGACUGCACCUGGAUCUUAGGGCUUCUCUUACUGCCCACUUUACCUGGUCCUGUAGACGGGAAGGCGCCUGGACACAGUGACACAUUCUCAAAGGCCCUGCAGGACCGCCAUGGCUUAUGAUGACUCCGUGAAGAAAGAAGAUUGCUUUGAUGGUGAUCACAGCUUUGAUGAUAUAGGACUUGCAGCUGGCCGAAGCCAACGAGAAAAGAAACGUUCCUACAAAGACUUCUUAAGGGAAGAGGAAGAAAUCGCUGCUCAGGUCAGGAAUUCUUCCAAGAAGAAGUUAAAGGAUAGUGACCUUUACUUCUUGGGGACGGACACGCACAAGAAGAAGAGGAAGCACUCUUCUGAUGAUUACUACUAUGGAGACAUUUCGUCUUUGGAAUCAUCACAGAAGAAAAAGAAAAGGUCUAGCCCGCAGUCUGCUGAUACAGCUAUGGACUUGUUGAAAGCUAUCACUUCUCCAUUGGCACCAGGCUCCAAGCCCUCCAAAAAGGCAGGGGAGAAAUCCUCUAGCUCUUCAAGCCAUUUGGAGAGUAAAAAAGAGCACCACAGGAAGAAAGGAAGUGGAAACAGUGGGGAGCUCUCCCUGGAGGAUGGUAGCACCCACAAAUCCAAAAAAAUGAAGCCCCUCUAUGUGAACACAGAGACUCUGACCCUUCGUGAACCUGAUGGGUUAAAGAUGAAGCUUAUUCUCUCACCAAAGGAGAAGGGAAGCUGCUCAGUUGAGGAGGAAUCUUUUCAAUACCCUUCGCAUCAGACAACUGUGAAAAAAUCCUCUAAGAAAUCAGCUCGGGAUGAGCAAGGUGCUUUACUCCUAGGACAUGAGUUGCAGAGCUUUCUGAAAACAGCCCGGAAAAAGCACAAGUCAUCCUCAGACUCACAUGGGUCUCCUGGUCCUGAGGGCUGUGGGUCUGAUGCCUCCCAGCUCCCAGAAUCCCACAGUGCUAACCUUGAUAUUUCAGGACUUGAACCCAUUCUAGUGGAAUCAGACUCAUCUUCUGGUGGAGAGCUAGAGGCUGGUGAGUUAGUGAUAGAUGAUUCUUACCGGGAAAUUAAGAAGAAAAAGAAGUCAAAGAAGAGCAAAAAGAAGAAGGACAAGGAGAAGCAUAAAGAGAAGCGGCACUCCAAGUCAAAGAGAAGUUCGGGACUUUCUGCUGCACCAGCAGGAGAGGUCACAAUGACACCUGGCCCUCCUCCCAGCGUCCCAUACACUGGAACCACUGCUGCUGCCCCACCACUUCCUGCCCUCCAUGUGGAUGGACAUGGCGAGAAAAAAAAGAAAAAAGAAGAGAAGGACAAAGAGAGAGAGAGAGGAGAAAAGCCAAAAAAGAAGAACAUGUCGGCCUAUCAAGUGUUCUGUAAAGAGUAUCGCGCAACCAUUGUGGCUGACCAUCCAGGCAUAGAUUUUGGGGAACUUAGUAAAAAACUGGCUGAGGUAUGGAAGCAGUUGCCAGAAAAGGACAAACUGAUUUGGAAGCAGAAAGCCCAGUAUCUACAGCACAAGCAGAAUAAAGCCGAAGCCACAACUGUAAAAAGAAAAGCAUCCGGCUCAGAAGCUUCCAUGAAAGUCAGAGCUUCUUCUGUAGGAGUACAGUCACCUCCAAAGAAGUCCCCACCCACCACCAUGCUGUUACCAGCGUCGCCAGCCAAAGCCCCUGAGACAGAGCCCAUUGAUGUUGCUGCCCAUCUGCAGCUGUUGGGAGAGUCCCUCAGCCUCAUUGGACACCGCCUGCAGGAGACAGAGGGCAUGGUGGCGGUGUCUGGCAGUUUGUCAGUGCUUCUGGAUUCCAUUAUCUGUGCUCUUGGUCCCUUGGCAUGUCUGACCACACAACUACCUGAACUGAAUGGCUGUCCCAAACAGGUCUUGUCAAACACAUUAGACAACAUCGCUUACAUCAUGCCUGGACUGUGACAACAAAGAGUCCUGGGACAGAGACCUUGUUCUACCCUUUUGCUGGUUUGUGUAUAUAUAUCUGUUCCAGAUCCCUUCACUGGCUUCUGGGUGUAGGUUUUAAAUUUUUAUAUCUAUCUUAUCUAUCUAUCUAUAUAUAUAUAUAAUGUACAAAAUAUACAUAGGACUGUAACUACUUUGCUUUUAAUAAUUUUAUGAAAUGGUAAAAGUUUAGCCAAGGGGAAACUUUGGCAUGAAUGUGGGCUUAGGAUUAUUUCUUAUGGUGGAUAAAUCUGCCUUAAAAAUCAGUGUAACUUGGGAGCUGGGGGCUUGUGGGUGCCAUGUGCAUCUCCUUAUGGACAGCUAAAAUGUGAUUUUUUUUUUCCAAACUCAAUUGUACCUCCAGACCCAUCACUGACCAUUUGCCUUACCUGUCUUACACUUGGAAAUGUAGUAAGAAAGAUUAUGGGACGAUGACAGCUGACCUUUCAACUUGAAAUGACCAAGGGGGAGGUGAUAGGAUCAGAUCUUUCCCACUGUAGCUGUUGAGGAGGUCUGAGUAGGGGUUCAUUCUAGAGCCUACUAUGCAGGUGUCCACAUCUCAAGAUUUCUUGUAAUCAUUGGUACCAAUGGCAGCCUCAGUAGAGACCAAGGAGUUACGUGAUUCCUGGCAGCAAAAAAAUCACUUGGAGUGGGCAGAGCUGUCAGUGCCACCAGUUGAACCUGCAUAUAUUCUCAGCCAACCAAAAAUAUUUGGUCUGCAAAACCAAGAGCUGUAUCUUUCAUUGGCAGCAUUAGGUUGGCUACCAAAUCCUCACAAAUUCUGCUGCUUAGUUGCUUGGUGGUUAUAGAAGGUAAACUUUGCUCGGCAUGGUUGCUGGGUUCAUCUUAUCAGUUCCCUUGGUGAGCAGAUACAGUGUUCUGCAUUCCACAUGUGAGUGAAGUGCAAAAAACGUACCCGAUUCUCAUGUGGGUUUAUUUAUAUGUGCGUGUGAAUGUGUAUUUUAAUUAUGUAUAUUUAACUCUUCAAAAUUUCUUAGAUUUUAAUUUAUCCUGUAAAUUUCUGUAUAUAUAAUUUAACUACAAAGCCUCUACCAGCAGCAGCAUGUGGAAUACAAAUAAUCUCAUUUCUCUUCCCUUCCUCUGGUCUGUUCUGAAAACUCCAAAUCAUCUACAUUUUAAGGUGUUAUACCUCAAAAAGGAAUCAUUAUGUUAGGAUUCUAAUUCUCUGUAAAGAACUUCAUGGCUUUCAAUAAUGUUAAAGAAAGUGAAAUAUUACCAUUCCAAGCUACCCUUAUUUCCAAAGAACUAGACCUGCUUCCCAGUUGGAAAGAAAAGCCACUUCAGGGUGGUUUUUUAAAAAUUUGAUGUGAGAGUCUCUGGUAGAACCGAGCUCUGAGGUAAGCAUGCUUUCUUCCCCUGGCCUAGAUGGAGCACGACAACAUCACAGUAAAUCUUUGGGGAUGGUGCAGCCAACUUGUGUCCUAUUUAAUUCCUUCCCAUCUCCCCACCAAUGCUCACAGAACUAUGCUUCUCAAAGGUAUUCUAGCUGCUGAGCCUCUUUCUCAGCUCAGAGAAGUUUUGAGAUUAAAUUGGGCAAGCAGAAGAAACCAGGAAUGUUUGGGAACUAAAAUCAAGACGAGCAGAAAUCUUAGCUUGAGUUCGUGUGUGAGAACCUUCUACGGCACCUCCUCUGUACCUAUAGAAGUUUCCUGUUGACCCAGGGUGUGGAGGGCCAGGAAGAAGUCGUCCUGUCAUUGUCAUUUGUGCACGUGAAUGAAAUCCUGAUGAGGACCUGCUUUUCAUUUGUUUCCUGUUUUAUUUGUAUUUGAGAUUUGUACACAUUUGUAUAAUAACCUGUACCUCGAGGUACUUGGUACUGUUAGAGGAAAAACUUUGGAUUCAGGCCUUCUUGCAGUUUUUAUAUCAUUGUUUUAUUUUGUUUUUUAAAUAAAUUCUAGUGGUUUGAUCCAAAUCCCAUUACAGUUGUAUAA